UUUUCUUUUCUUUUUUUCCUCUGUGAUUCGAAAAGCACCAACACCCUUUUCAUAUCUUUCCACAAAAUAUUACCCACUUCCAGUUUCCGCCGAAACUGAAAAUUAGGCAACGCAAUUCACAGUGCAAGACUCCAUUUUUGUUUUCUUCUUUGAAGUGUCAAAUGAGUUCUUCCACCUUCAGUUCCUUUUGCUUUGACUCUGGCUGCCUAUGGAAGGAUGAAAUGAAGGUGACUAAGGCUAAGAGGCAAAAUGCAGGGAAUAUGUUUGCUAAAUGUUCCGUGAAUACCAAAGCUCAAAAAGCAGAAAAACCCAUUCGCAUUGGGGUUCUUGGAGCUAGUGGUUACACUGGUUCUGAGAUUGUACGGCUUCUAGUAAACCAUCCACACUUUGGCAUUUCCUUUUUGACCGCUGACAGAAAAGCUGGCCAACCACUCAGUUCUGUGUUUCCUCAUCUAAUCACACAAGGUUUACCGAACUUGAUUGCUGUCAAGGAUGCUGAAUUUUCUGGGGUUGAUGCUGUUUUCUGUUGUCUGCCACAUGGAACCACACAGGAUAUUAUAAAAGGACUGCCGAGACAUUUAAAGAUUGUUGAUCUUUCUGCUGACUUCCGACUGCGGGAUAUAUCUGAGUAUGAAGAAUGGUAUGGUCAGGCACACAGAGCACCAGAUUUGCAGAAAGAAGCUGUCUAUGGUCUCACUGAGAUUUCACGAGAGGAGAUAAAAGAUGCACGCCUAGUUGCUAAUCCUGGUUGUUAUCCGACGACUAUUCAGAUUCCCCUUUUUCCUUUGAUAAAGAGGAAUCUCAUAAGAGUUGAUAAUAUCAUUAUUGACUCGAAAUCGGGUGUUACCGGGGCAGGGCGAGGUGCAAAGGAGUCAAAUAUGUAUGCUGAACUAGCUGAAGGCAUCUAUUCUUAUGGUGUUGCCCGGCAUCGUCAUGUUCCAGAAAUUGAACAGGGACUAUCUGAUGCAGCUGAUUCAAAGAUAACCAUCAGUUUCACUCCGCAUCUUAUGCCAAUUAUCCGUGGUAUGCAGUCAACUAUAUAUGUUGAAAUGGCUUCUGGAGUAACAGUUGAUGACUUGUACCAGCAAUUAAAGACAACAUAUGAGGAUGAAGAAUUUGUGAUCUUAUUAGAGAAAGGAAUUGUCCCUCGCACUCAUGAUGUUCGAGGAUCUAAUUAUUGUUUAAUGAACGUCUUUCCUGAUCGAAUUCCUGGUCGAGCUAUAAUCAUUUCUGUAAUUGACAAUCUUCUUAAGGGAGCUUCAGGUCAAGCUAUGCAGAAUCUUAAUUUGAUGUUUGGACUUCCAGAAAGCACAGGGCUUCUUUCCCCGGCUUUGUUUCCUUAGCAUUUUCCUAUUUUUUUUUCUGCCUCAAGAGAGAGUAAUAAAGAUGCGGAAACCCUUCUCAAGUCAAUUGGUUAUGUUUAAUUUUCAGCAAGAAAUGAAAAUUUCUCACCUAUCACUAUUUGGCUACAUUUUUUUGUUUGUUUGUAUUUUGAUGAUAUUAGAAUGGUUAAUUUGUUGAAAAAUAAUCAUGGGAUGUUAUGUUGCUGCACUAUAGUCCUGGGAUUUCGUUAUUUAGAUUUUGGUUCUGCUAAUAUAAUAUAUAUAAGCUAAUAUAUUUGAUACAUGCAAACAAGAAUUCAAUAAAUAUUAUAAUUUAUAGA